AUGGCUGAAGAAAUUGACUAUACAAAGCCUAAUGUUGCUGGCAGCGAUGUAUCUGAGCCAGAAAACUUCCGAAAAAUAUUUGUGGGGGGUCUAACGGCUAAUACUACUGAUGACACAAUGCGUGAAUUUUACUCACAAUUCGGUGAAUUAACAGACAUCAUUGUUAUGCGAGAUCCUAACACCAAGAGAUCUCGAGGCUUUGGAUUUGUUACUUUCGCAGCUAAAUCAAUGGUUGAUGCAGCUAUGAGUGCGAGACCUCAUGUCAUUGAUAAUAAAACUGUUGAUCCCAAAAGAGCAGUUCCGAAGGAUGAUAAAAAUCGAAAUGAAUCAAAUAUUUCAACGAAAAGAUUGUAUGUUAGUGGAGUACGUGAAGAUCAUACUGAGGAUAUGUUCAAAGAGUAUUUCACCAAGUUUGGAAAUGUUGAAAAAGCUGAAAUUAUUUUGGACAAAGUUACAAGUAAACCUAGAGGUUUUGGUUUUGUUACUUUCAAUGACUAUGAUCCUGUCGAUCAGUGUGUUCUACAACGUAGCCAUAUGAUUAAUGGUUUCCGUUGUGAUGUUAAAAAAGGUUUGAGCAAGGAAGAAAUGAAUAAGGCUCAAAAUCAGAGAGAUCGCAGUGAUCGAAUGGUUCGAUCUCGUUCCAAUGUUCCCAACUCAGGAGAUCAUGACCGGUUCCCUCCUCAAUAUUACCGAGGUGAUUGUGUACCCGCUGGCGGUUAUCAAUCAGGUGGAUAUGGUGGAGGAUAUGGACAUCAAAAUAUUGCUCCCGGCCAAUGGGGUGCAAACUGGGGUGGUCAAUCUGGAGGAGGAUGGGGAGGUGCUCCUCAUUCCGGAGGCUGGGGAAUGCAACCCGGAGGAUGGGGUGGCGGUCAGUCAGGAGCCCAGCAAUGGGCUAACGCUCAGCAGGAUCAAAGAUAUUAA